CAACGGACAGUACAGAUUCCCAAAAAACGUCAACAUGGAAUCAUUAUCUUUAACAGCUUCGAAGCUGAGCCUAUGCUAUGAGAAUCAAGAGCAAUAGAUGCAGAGGCAGGAGGGACUGAACAAGACCAGGACGGCAUGGCAGAGCAGAGUCUCCUUUCAUCAGAGCGAUGGCUUCAGCUGCAUGGGCUAAAGAGCAAGAAGCUGAGCUUGAAGCAGAUCUUAUCACAGAUUGGAUUCCCACAGAGUGAAGAUUAUGUGACUUCUUUGAGAAGACUCGUGGCUUCUCGGUACGCUGAUGGCCUAUUCCCACAGUUCUACACAGCAGAAGAUGGCAGGCUAUACAACCUGACAGCGAAGUCAGAGCUGAUCUACCAGUUUGUGGAUUAUUUAACACAAGCAGUAGAGAGCUAUAAGCAGCGGAUGGACUGGCUCACCAGCGGGAGCCGGCAGAUUUUCGGUGUUAUUUUGGAACAGAGAGUCACCAUAGUGCUGGAUAUCAGUGACGUUCUGAUGGAGGAGCUCAAUCUGUGUCGGGAUGCUCUGACAAUGGUCCUCCAGGAGCAGGUGGCUCUCAUCACCAGGUUCAAUAUCAUAUGGGUUUCUGAAGAGCCGGUGAAAUGGCAGGACUAUGCCAUCCUUGUGACUGAACACUCCAUAGCUGGUGCCAUCAGUUGGAUUGAGAAAAUGACUUUUGAGCCAAUGACUGUGGGAGAGGUUAGCUGCCUAGACGCUCUGCUGGAAGCUGGGCAAGACAAAACGAUUGAAGCCAUUUACUACUUUGUGGUGGGGGAUGUUCCUCAGGAGUCCCAGAAGCUUCUACUAAAGAGGGUUCAGGAGAUCCCAUAUCCAGUCUGCACAGUGUCCUUCAACGCCAGAGGAGAAGAAACCAUAGCUUUCCUAAAAGAUCUGAGCGCCAAGACCCACAGCAGAUUCCACGCCUUUGCCGAGAGAACAGUGUCUCCAGAAUUCUCUGCAUUUCCCAUGGAAGAUGUUGACAGCUCCAUGAGUUGGAAUUCAAGGAAACUGAAAGGGAGACUCCCUCCAGGGGCUGGUGUCAGAGAGGAUGUGUUUCUCAUCUGGAGAGAAAUGGAAGAAGCCUGCAGCACACUGGCUCAGGUCCGGAGCCUGGUGGACAAGGCUCCUCAGCCAGAUGUGUCCCCAGCUGACUCUAAACCAACGCCUGCUGAGAGUAAGGAACGUGCAGAAGACACCUGGGACUCCCAGAAGUGGCUCCAGAAGUAUGGGUUGAAAGCUCAGAAGCUGACCUUUUACGAUGUCCUCGCCGAAUGCUCCUUCCGCCAUGCCGAUGGAGUCGUGGAUAUAAAAGCCAAACCAGAAAAUGAAUCUGUGCAGACCAGUGCGGACACCAAUAAGAAGACAAUCCAUGCCAAAUACUGCAGCAGAUUCAUUCAUAUCCCCUGGAAGGAUGGGAGCUUGGUCCACGUCAACAUCACCAAGGAGAACUGCAAGCAGUACAGGGAGAGAGUCCACACAGCCCUGGCCAAGAUCCAAAGGAGGAUUAAAUGGCUACAAAAUGGGAGUCACAUCCUCUUUGGCAAAGCUCGUGGAGAGUGCAUCUAUGUCCUCAUUGACACAUCCCACUCAAUGAAGAGCAGACUAAACCUGGUCAAGGACAAGAUCAUCCAGUUCAUACAGGAACAGCUGAGAUACAAGAGUAAAUUCAAUUUUGUGACCUUUGAUGGUCAGGCAACUGCUUGGCGGGAAAAACUUGCUGAAAUCAAUGAAGAUAAUUUGAAACAGGCUCAGUCAUGGAUUAGAGACAUUAAGGUUGGAAGUUCCACGAAUACCCUGAAUGCCCUGAAAAUUGCUUUUGCUGAUGAAGAAACACAAGUAAUCUACCUUUUGACAGAUGGGAGACCUGACCAGCCACCAGAAAUGGUGAUGGACCACGUCAAACUCUUUCAGAACAUCCCUAUCUGUACCAUCUCCUUCAGUUACAACGAUGAGGUUGCGAACGAGUUCUUGAAGGAGCUUGCUGCUUCGACUGGAGGCGAGUUCCGAGCUUAUAACUUUGGCCGCAAAGAUCCCAUUCAGGAUAUUCAGGAUGAAGAUCUGAACCUUUUGCUUCAGGAAAUGCAGCAGGGUUACAGCUACCUGGAGAAAAUGCAGAAGCUUUACACCGAGUCCUUAGUCAUUGACUGGUGGUACAACGCAGACAAGGACACGGAUAACAGGCAUCAAAAGGAAAUUUCAUCCAUGGUUUCAACUCCAGAAAAACAUGCAAACUCUCAACCCGACGCUGACUCAAUGGCUUCUUCACCCCCAAGUGUGUCUACAGGAUCAUGGAAGCUUUUGGAGGAAAAGCCACAGAAAAAGAAAAUCCUCCAUGCAGAAUCCACCAAAACAAGCCUCCUCAGAAGCUACAUCACCAACUUCAAGAGCAGCAGCAACAAGAAGGACAGCUCCAGCUCCAGGAGCCGCACCACGGCUCUCAGCAACAGAGAAAAGAGCAUCCUGCCGUUGGACAAGUAUCUAGAUGACAAAUUGUCAGAAAGCCUCACUGGAAAUGGAAGCCAUGUUAGUGAUCACACCUCUUCGGACAUGUCCUCCAAAACCUGGCUCCAAACUCAUGGCCUGGUGGCCAAGAAACUCACCAUCACAGAUGCCUUGGCUGGGACCAUGGUAUCCCACAGCUCCACCUAUGUCCCCAUCCUGAAUAAGAAUGUUGUCUCCAAGGUCUUUGAUGAGGUGUUCCCUCUGGCACAUGUGUGCAACAACAGCAGUAAGAUGAUAGUAAUUAACCCCCAUGGAGUCAACCUCAAUAUCUACAAGCAAAAUGUGGAACAGGCCAUCAAGUCCUAUGAAAAGUGUCUUAAUAAAAUUGUCUGGCAAGCUCUAUCUGAAGAGGAAAAAGAGAAGCUGGAUGCAAUCAAGCCCAUACAGUACUUGGAAAACAAGGCGGUUUUAAACGAAGCCCUGGAGCGGCUGAACUGGCCCAUUUCAUUGAAAGACCUGUCAAUGCUGGAAAAUGAAAUCUUGGUUGGAAAAAUGUACAUCCAGCAAGCCAUGGGGCUCCAGGAGGCCGCCAGGAAGAACUAUCAGAGCAGGAUACUGCAGGAGCAUCAGAAAUUGCAAGGGUAUCCAACAAGGAAAUCCAAAUCAAGAAAACUAGACCCUCUCAAAGGCCAGAAGGUCAUUGCCAGAUGUGAGGAAAAUGGCUUCUAUUUUCCAGGGGUUGUAAAGAGAUGUGUGAGUUCCUCCCACGCCUUGGUAGACUUCAGGUACGGAGAUACCAAAGUCGUACCCAUCUCCUUCAUCAUACCUGUUGGGGGCGCCAUGCCUUGUCCACAACUUCAGGUUGGGGAUUACGUGUUUGCCAAAAUCAUGACAAGCAAAGGAUUUGACUUCUACGUCCCCGCCAUCGUUAUCGCGCUUCCAAAUCACAGUGUGGCUUCAGAGAAAUUCUACACAGUUUUGAAGUGUAACAACCGCAGAGAAUUUUGCCCUCGGAGUGCUCUCAUUAAAAUCAGCCAAAACAAGUAUGCUCUGUCUUGCUCAAUGAUACGGUCAUCCCUGGCUGAGAGGAGCGAAACAGGGGAGGAAGUAGAUUCAAGUAACUCUUCCCACCUCUGGACUGUGACGGAAGAAGCCACUGAGUAUUUGAAACAGCCGAGACAAGAGAACUUCCGAAAAAAGAAAAAGAAGCCCAUCAAGAGGUCACCUCUCCAGGAGCUAAUGUGCUCAGAUUCCGACGGCUCUUCCCACGGCACCAGAGAAGGUUUUCCACACGUGGCCUAG